AUUUGAGACUAAAGCAAGUCGCGCUUUAACUAAACUAUCGUCAUCAUCAUCAUCAUCAUUAUCAUUAUCAUCAUCGUCAUUGGCGUCAUUAUCAUCAUCGUAAUCGUCGUCGUUAUUAGCCCAACAUACUUCCGAGUCAAGAACAAUUUUUUAGCCAGUCCUCUUCGUUAUUUUUUGCGCCCAUCGGCGGACAACUUGCCUCUUUUUUUUUUUUUUCCUUCUUCUUUAAUAAAUGCGAACAUUUAUAUAACAAUAAAAACGUAUAUACAUACAUAUACAUAUACUGUGUUAGUGCAUUUGUGUUCGAGCCUAGGCUGUCGUUUGCUAGCAUUGCAAUUGUGUCUAUGUGUAUGAGUGUGUGAAUUAAAGAACCUUUGGCCAAAAGAAUCGAAGCUAGUUUCGCAAUUCUUAGGCCACAUUUCGGACAAUUUAGUUUUGAACUCGCUUCGAAUCGGUUCAUCUUACGGAUAAUACACUUGUACCGAGAGAGCAUCAACUUAAUUACUAAACAUAAUUUUGGGCGCUGUGGAAUUUAUUUUGCUCUUUGAAAACAUUCAAAUCAGAAAAACGAGGGGAAUAUAAAUUGUGCUGCUUUCAAAAAAAAAAACGUUUCUUAGACACAAACAAAAAAAAAACAAUUUUUUAUUUUUAAAAUGAACAAAAUAUUGAUUUGUCUUCUAAGUUUAGUCGCCCUAUCAACAGGUCAACGCAUUACCACCAUACACCUGGAUGGCGUGCAAUACUUUAUCAGUCGCAUGAAUCCUUAUUCACCGGAAUUGAAUUAUUUUCUAGCUUAUCAGUAUUGUCGUUCCUUAGGCCUGCAAUUGGCUUCGUUCGAAACAAAGGAAAAAGCUGAAUCGAUGACCAUGUAUUUGAAAAAUGCAGGUUAUGGUAAUUAUGACUUCUGGACUUCGGGUAAUCGGUUGGGUACGGGCAUGUUCCUUUGGAUGAGCACUGGCUUACCGUUCAAUGCUACAUUCGACUUUUUCGAAAACAGCGCAGAUGCUGUACAGGCUGGCCUCCUGGAUCCUGUGGAUCACAAUAGCAAUACUGCCCCUCAACGAACUGCCCGCGAUAGUAGCAGCGGCGCCGAAAAAGGUUGCGUCAUACUAAAACAGCCUACUCUGAAAUGGAUGCCCGAGGAUUGUUCGGCUGUUAAAGACUUCAUAUGCGAACAAACUCGCUGCUAUUAUUAUAAUUAUGGCAGUAUUCCUGUAUCAUCAGCGCAGGGGCGCCCCAUUACAACAACCACGCCUCGCAGUGCCGACGACGUUUUAAGACAGACUGAAUUUAGAACGACCACCGUGUUUAGUACCACAACCACGACUUCACCAUUGCCUUUGUUAAUAUCUUCCUUCGGCAACGUAAACAAAAAGCUUAAUCAACCUUCGUAUGUUUCUUUAAAAUUGGAUCAAGAACGUGCUUUAAAUUCGAUCGGGAUGACGUCAGAUUCGCAAAAUAUUGAAGAAAACGACGAAAACGAACACGAAAUCGCAGAUGACGGAGAAGAGCAGCAGGAACGACACAAUAGCGAGAUUAAUCAAAUUGAUGAAAUGCAGGCCCAUGACGAUGUAGAUGACCAUGAGGAGGAUAGCAUUGAACAAGAGGAUGCCGUCAAUACUCAAGAAAAUGUAGAAGUUGCGUAUAAUGAUAGGGAUUUAGAGGAUUUAUCUGAGAGGGAAGAGGAAGACGAAGAAUUACCUUUGAGCAAUAAUGCAAAAACUCCUAAAGCGAAACCAAUUUCUUCGUCCUCUUUAGAAGAUGCAUCUAGCGAAGCUAAUGUCCAUAAUACCAUAUCGCACGAAUCGUAUGAAGCGACGAAUACAGAUGAAAUGCCUAGUGUUGAAGUUCGCCUUAAGCAGAUAUCGCAAGAGGUCGAGAAACAAGCCCACAACGAGAACAGGCACAUUCCUUCAUUAUCGAGCGAUCUUGAGGAUGUUGGCCAUCAAUCUUUUCUCUCGCUAACCGAUUUAAUUCGCACUUUACGCCCGAACGAUAAACAGAUUAUACCACAAAUUGAUUCAGACUAUUCAAAUGCUAUGAGAGUCUUGGGCGAAAAAUCUAUAGCAGUUAGUAAUGAUCAUCAACAACACCAACAACAACAACAAAAACAACAUCAAUAGUUUUCCAUCUGCACUUUAUAAAAAGAUUUUUUUUUUUUUUUUAUAAUUAAAGUUUAAGUGCCAAGAGUUACAAAAGCAAACAUCUUUUUUAUGAAAGCGGCUUUUU